CUCUGCCACCUAUGGGGGUGGCUCAGGGUCGGGGCCCCACCAGGACCCCAGGGGGUGGCUGCUGGCAAUGCUGUGCCCUGGAGGCUGCUGGGUGAGGACAGACCCUGCUGGCCAGCAGUGGGUCUGGGGUCGCCCUCUGGGAGGAGAGCAGAGCAAAGGCUGCUCGCUCUCCUUGGGGGUCUCUGUGGGCCCCGAAGGCGUGGUGAGCGAGCGUGCAGUGGGUGUGGGGGGUCGCCCCCCACCUACCCAGUGGUCCUGUGGGGCAGGGGCUCUGCACCUCUGCCCUCCUCCAGCACCCUCUACCCCCCCCCCAAAUUGUUGAUCGUUUGGGCCAUUCACUGCCUGCUCACAUUCCUGCUCCUGGCUGUAAAGGGGAAAACUCGCCAAGGACAUUUUGACAAAUGGGUCACAGGCCACACUUUGUAGCACUGGUGAGAAGAAGAUAGAUAGGCAGCUGGGCCGGAACAGAAGGGGCUUUCAGGAGGCUGCCGGCCUGCCUGGGCUCACAGCAGGCACUGGCCCCCAAGGUCACAUCCCUGAAGGAGAUAGGGGCCGCCUUCUGGCACAAACAUUCUUGCUCCCCCAUAUAAGCUGGGGCAGCCCGGCCCCUCCAAGCUCCCACGAUGCAGGGUCCACCUCUUUCUCAGCUGGCCCUGGUGCUGUUGGCAAUGGGGGCCCUGCUGGGGGCCAGGACCCUCAGGGGAGAGGUCCCCAGCACCCCGGCCCUGCCCAGGGAGCCAACCCCAGGCGGCGGAGGCGGCGGGCUCAUCUUGCACCAAGACUGGGACUGGCCACCCCCUGGCGUCUGGCCACCAGGCAGCCCUCGGGACCCCCUGUGCCUGGUGACCCUGGAUGGGGGUGGCAACAGGAGCAGUGCUCCCCUGCGGGUGGUGGGGGCCCUGAGCAGCUACGAGCGGGCGUUCCUAGAGGCCGUGAGGCAUGCCCACUGGGGGCCCCGGGACCUGGCCACCUUUGCAGUCUGCUCCCCGAGAGACAGGCAGCCCGCCCUGCCCCAUCUCCAGCAGCUGCAGGCAUGGCUUGGGGGGCCCGGGGGGCGGCGGCUGGUGGUCCUACAUUUGGAGGAAGUGACGUGGGAGCCGACACCCUCGCUGAGGUUCCAGGAGCCUCCACCUGGAGGAGCCAGCCCCGAAGAGCUGGCGCUGAUGGUGCUGUACCCAGGGCCUGGCCCGGAGGUCACCGUCACCGGGGCCGGGCUGCCCGGCACCCAGAGCCUCUGCCUGAGCCGGGACUCCAGCUACCUGCCCUUGGUUGUGGGACGCCCCGAGGCGGCCUGGCGCGGGCCUGGGCUCGCCCUGACCCUGCGGCGCCGCGGAAACGGUGCGCCUCUGAGCACCGCCCAGCUGCAGGCGCUGCUGUUCGGCGCCGACUCCCGCUGCUUCACACGGAUGACCCCGGCGCUGCUCCUGCUGCCGCCGCCGCGGGCUCCCACGCCGAUGCCCGCGCAGGGCCAGCUGGACUCGGUGCCCUUCCCGCAGACCAGGCCGUCCCCAGAGCCCGAGGAGGUGCCGCCCAGCGCCGAUCCCUUCCUGGAGACGCUCACGCGCCUGGUGCGCGCGCUGCGGGGACCCGCGUCCCGAGCCUCGCCGCCGCGUCUGGCCCUGGACCCGGGCUCGCUGGCCGGUUUCCCGCAGGGCCAGGUCAACCUGUCGGACCCCGCGGCGCUGGAGCGCCUGCUCGACGGCGAGGAGCCGCUGUUGCUGCUGCUGCCGCCCACGGCAGCCACCCCCGGGGUCCCCGCGCCACUGCAGGGUCCGGCGUCCGCGCUGUGGGCCGCGGGCCUAGCGCGCAGGGUAGCCGCCGAGCUUCAGGCGGCGGCCGCGGAACUGCGCGGCCUCCCGGGGCUGCCGCCCGCCGCCACCCCGCUGCUGGCACGCCUACUGGCGCUGUGCCCGGGGAACCCGGUCGGCCCCGGCGGUCCGCUGCGCGCGCUGCUGCUGCUGAAAGCGCUGCAGGGCCUGCGCGCCGAGUGGCGCGGGCGGGAGCGGAGCGGGUCGGCACGGGCGCAGCGCAGCGCCGGCGCCGCGGCCACCGACGGGCCGUGCGGGCUGCGCGAGCUGAGCGUGGACCUCCGCGCCGAGCGCUCGGUGCUCAUCCCCGAGACGUACCAGGCCAACAACUGCCAGGGCGCGUGCGGCUGGCCGCAAUCGGACCGCAACCCGCGGUACGGCAACCACGUGGUGCUCCUGCUGAAGAUGCAGGCCCGCGGCGCCGCCCUGGCGCGCCCGCCCUGCUGCGUGCCCACGGCCUACGCCGGCAAGCUCCUCAUCAGCCUGUCCGAGGAGCGCAUCAGCGCGCACCACGUGCCCAACAUGGUGGCCACCGAGUGCGGCUGCCGGUGACCCCGCGCCGUGCUCCGGCCGGCCCAUAUUUAUUCGGACCCCUUCAUCGCUCCCAAUAAAGACCAGAAAGCACG